CUGUCACAGUCAUAACACUGUGACAUCCACCAGGGUUUCUCAGUUUUCCUCUUUUUGUCUUUUUUUUCUGUCAAACAGGCUUAAAUUGAAGCAUCACUUAAAGCAGGUUGUUAUCAGGAGAUCUAAGGAGGUUUACUGUUCCACCAAUACCGGCUGUUAGAACGUCAUGACAGCCGAGAAGACAAUUCCCAUUAUCAAUGGAAAAACAGACGACACGAUGGAUCCCGAGGCAUCGAACACGAAAGCGGUGCACAGCAAUGAUAAGAAAGUGGUGAAUGAGAGGGGGCAGUGGAAUAAUAAGGUUGAGUUUAUGCUAUCAGUGGCUGGAGAGAUUAUCGGACUUGGCAACGUUUGGAGGUUCCCAUAUCUGUGUUACAAAAACGGUGGAGGUGCUUUCUUUGUGCCUUAUGUCAUCUUCUUCAUCUGCUGUGGUAUCCCAGUAUUCUUCCUGGAAACAGCAUUAGGUCAGUUCACUAGUGAGGGGGGCAUAACAUGUUGGCGAAAAGUCUGCCCACUCUUUGAAGGCAUUGGCUAUGCGACCCAAGUCAUUGAAGCCCAUCUUAACGUUUACUAUGUGGUCAUAUUGGCUUGGGCUAUUUUCUACUUGUUCAACUGCUUUACAACAGAGCUGCCCUGGGCUUCAUGCGGCCACUACUGGAACACAGAAAACUGUGUGGACUUUAACAAUGCCAGCAUUGCCAACCUCAGCAACCCAUAUGCCACAUCACCAGUCGUGGAGUUCUGGGAACGCCGUGUUCUGAACAUAUCCUCUGGAAUUGAGGAAAUCGGAAGUCUUCGCUGGGAACUUGCUAUCUGUCUUGCUAUAGCCUGGGUCAUAUGUUAUUUCUGCAUUUGGAAAGGUCCCAAAUCAACUGGAAAGGUGGUAUAUGUCACUGCAACCUUUCCGUAUUUCAUGCUGUUGAUCCUUCUUCUGCGAGGAAUCACGCUGCCUGGUGCUUUUAAUGGAAUUAAGUUCUACCUGUACCCUGACAUCUCUCGCCUGUCUGACCCUCAGGUAUGGGUGGAUGCUGGCACUCAAAUCUUCUUCUCAUAUGCCAUCUGUCUGGGCUGUCUGACUGCGCUCGGCAGCUACAACAGCUAUAAUAACAACUGCUACAAGGACUGCAUCAUACUGUGCUGUCUGAACAGUGGCACAAGUUUUGUGGCAGGAUUUGCCAUCUUUUCUGUGCUGGGUUUCAUGGCAUAUGAACAGAAUGUACCAAUAGAGGCAGUGGCAGAGUCGGGUCCUGGUCUAGCAUUUAUAGCAUACCCUAAGGCUGUGACCAUGAUGCCAUGGUCUCCGGUGUGGGCCUGUCUUUUCUUCUUGAUGCUCAUCUUCCUCGGACUCGACAGUCAGUUUGUGUGUGUGGAGAGUCUUGUGACUGCAAUUGUGGACAUGUAUCCGAAGACCUUCCGCGUGGGCUACCGUAGAGAGCUUCUCAUUCUUGGCAUGUCUGUGGCCUCGUUCUUCCUGGGUCUUAUCAUGUUGACAGAGGGUGGCAUGUAUGUGUUCCAGCUCUUCGACUCGUAUGCAGCCAGUGGCAUGUGUCUGUUAUUUGUGGCCAUCUUUGAGUCCAUCUGUAUUGGCUGGAUCUAUGGUAGCGACAGGUUUUAUUUGAACAUUGAGGAUAUGAUUGGAUUCAAACCCAUCUUCUUCAUCAAAUGGUGCUGGAAGUACUUCACUCCAGGCAUCUGUGCAGGAAUCUUUCUGUUCUUCUUAAUCAAGUACAAGCCUUUGAUGUAUAAUAAUGUGUACACAUAUCCAGACUGGGGUUAUGGGAUUGGUUGGAUGAUGGCCAUGUCUUCUAUGGUGUGCAUUCCUCUGGGAAUCUUAUUUCAGAUCUUGAAAACUAAAGGCACUUUCCGUGAGAGAAUGAAAAAGCUGACCACCCCCAGCUCUGACCUGAGAAUGAGAGGUCAACUUGGAUGCAGGGGUCCCUGCGCUAUCAAUGACGCUAAUGCCAAAAUGAGGGCGGGCGGCAAAAUCUCCACCAUCACAGAGAAAGAAACGCAUUUCUAAACCCAAGACAUGGACAUCACUGACACGAGAGACAGAAAAAUAUGAAAGAAAUAUAUGUUUGCCUUUAUUUUUUAAGAAAGAAUACUAUGAUCACAUUUGUAGUCUUGCUUGUUUGCACAAACAGGUAACACAUCAUAAAUUAACAUCAUGAUUAAAAUAGUUUUGUAUCAGAGUCUAUCUAAAUCCAGAUAAAAUUGUUGUCCUAUCACGUCACUUUUUGUCACGUUAGUCAUUUUAAUUUUUUCUUUCUUUUUUUUUUUUUUUUAAGAAAGAUGCCAAGGAAUAAUGUGCUAUGAAAUGUUGUUACACAUUGACUCUUGGUCUUGGAUUACAUUAGAGUUAUAUUCUAAUUGGUAGGAGAUCUAUUGAGGACCAUUCCAAAUGUUGACUGUGUGUUUAAAGGUUAGGCUUAGUGUUGUUGGAUGUGCUGUGGUUCUCUGUCCUUCAGCUAGUAUUGACUCACAGGGCGAGCAUGACAUAGCAAGCCCAUUCUCCACGGUUUCUUUAGCGGUUCAAAACUUGGCCAUUUCACACCCAUUAAAAUGAGUUUAAUUGAAGGUGACAGACCAAACACAGUUUAUCACUUUUUCUCAUUUCGGCUAAGGGUCCAAAGAGUAAUUCAUACACACUCUUUAAGUUCAUGAACGUUGAGUCUUUAUACUGUGAUUCUUUUGUAGCCUUUAAAGGAAUAGAAAUUCUGGCACCAUUUACUCUCCCUGAUGUUGUUUCAAAUCCUCCAUGAAAAACUAAAUAAGAAUCUCCAAGCUGCUCCUUUUUUAUACAAUGUACUGUAACUACAUUGUGACUAUGGGCUGUAAAGCUCCUUAGAGAAAAAAGAAAACACCAUAAAAUAGACAAUAUGAAUUUUGCACUAUAUACCUUGUAUUUUUAAGCAAUACGAUAGCUUUGUAUCAGGAACAGACAGAAAUUUAAGACUGUAUUCACUAAAAAUAUUUCACUCCAUUGCAGCUUUAGACAAAAAAAAAAAACAGUGCUGUUUGGUUUCAUUGAUGUCAAACCAGUUGCAAAGGCAGAGCUACGGGACAGGCAAAGCAAGCAAUCGCCUGGGGCCCCAAGCUGGGAGGGCCCCCCCGUGGGUGGCAAUUACAGUAGUUCACAGUAAUAACACUUGAAGCCAAUGAAUGGCAAUGCUUAGUAGACUAGAAUGAUAUUUUCGAAAACCCCCCCCUAGGGUUCCCCAUCAUUUUAGAUACAAUCAAAUUUAAGUAAGGGGAUGCUGGCAUCAUGAAGAGGAUGUCCGACGUAACAAUCCGGGAGUCAGAGGCCGCACAAUUCACAAUGGAUAGGCUAUUGUUUACAUUUACAGCAUGUUAUACUCCAUACAAUUCUUAUUUAAUCUCGUCAAAAUAUAGCUACAUCAUUAGAAAGGUGUAAUCUCCAGCUUUGAAAUUUCGCCACUGUUUUAUGAUAGAAAUGUUACUUUGAGCGUAAUUCCUUAAUCAGUACACAUCUGACAUGCAAAAUCAAAAUGCCCAUUAAAGUGAUCUCACCCCUUUUUGUCAUUGCAAGGCCAUUAGAAGUUGUAGUCCAAAUAUGUAUGCAUUUAGAGACAAUUUUAUGGAUUCAAAUUUUUACUUCAAAUUGCUUUAGAAAAGAUUGGAUUGCCAUUCAGGGGCAGAUUCACUAAGAAUGAAUUGCGCCCUGUUUUUCACACACUGUCGGCACUGGUUUAGCGGCCUAUUUACUAAUUAAAUUAAGCAGAUAAGGCAAUGGCACAAACUUGCAGACAAAAUCACUGCUGAAUGCAAUUUGCACAAGUAAAAGGAUGCCGCAGACCACCAUAUUUGACACACCCUGCUGGGACUGUACAGCAUCACUGUGAUCCAUCCACCUAAAUCAUCUCAUAAAGGGCCUGCUUUUUUAUUUGCCUAGCGCCCCAGAGUCCCUAGAAUCGCCUCUGGAGGAAACGUUAAUGGAAUAGAUUCCGUAAAGGAUAGAUUUUGUAUGGAAAGAUUGAUUACAAGUAGUGGAAAUAUAUUUGAAGGACCCUAGCAAUCCAACAGCCUUAAGUACCUCCAUUAAGUUGCGCUGGAUCUGGAAUGUAGUAUCACAGUUAUGAACAAUUUAGUGUUAAGUGUAGUAUUCUCAGGAUGCACUGUGAGCCCUUUGCACAUGAAUGCAAUCUUUGGACUGGUCUGUUCCAUCGUGACAUCAUCAGUUUGUGCAAGUAAACCUGUUUGUGAUUUAAUGACCAAUUAACCUUUCAAACAUAUGUAUAUUUUUUACAUUGCUUUAGGUUUUUGUGUACUAUUUCUUGAUGACAAAAAAAAAAACGUGUUUCUCUGAAGACUUUUUAUAUGUCUUUCAACAAUGUGAUGUAGAUGUAUGUAAAAGCAGUAAAAGAUGUAUGAUGGAAUUGAUGUGCUGUUUACUAGGGCUGGGCGAUACAUCAAAUACACACGAUAUAAUCACGAUGAUUUUGCUGCUGAUGUAAAUUCAACAAUAGCGUUAAUAUCACAAUGAUUUUAAUUUGUUUUUGUUUUUUUGCCCAUUAAGUUUCAUAGAGUGCAAUGGUAGACUAAUGUCACGAUCCUUCAGGGCUCUAUGACUAAUCAAAAUAACAUAAAAAUGGAGAUAUGAUCAUAUGUAAUUAUUUAACUUCCAAAGGAUGUGAUUAAAGACAGAUAAACAUGGUCUGUGUGCGCUUUAGAAUGAACCGGCGACACACUGAUCUCUGUGUAUGCUAGGGCGUGUGUGUUUUUAUCGCAAUUCAACUGCAAGUACAGCCGGUUCAAGCGUACGCGCCAUUCCAAACAUUAGUAACCGCUAUUAAUUUAUUAUACAAAUCUACAACCGCGGAACAGUAAAGGAGUGUUUAACAACGGUUCACAAGUUGCGAAACUCAUAACUUUGCCCUUUCCCUUUCAUAAUAAAAGCUCCUGGUGAAGGUGAAACCAACAUGACUGCAUGCAGAGUCAAAAUAAAAACCCCAGUUUAGGGUGAUGUAAAUAGGACAGAAAUAUAUAAAUUUAUCUUUAAUAAAUCUUAUCCUGAAAAUAAUAAUAAUAACAAUUCAGUAUUAUUUCAUAAUAAUAAACAUGGGUUCCACAAUAAUCAUUUAGAAUGCUACUAUGCAAUAUUCAUCUGGUUACCAAAAAAGAUUAGUGUAGUAGAUUUUGCACACCUUGUUUAUUCACAAAGAUACAUUUUUAUUAAACUUACAAUCAUAUAUGGAUGUUAAAGGUGCAGUAUUAUAGAUUCAGAAACCCUUGUUAUUAAUGACACUUGUGGCCUUUAAGUGAACUGCAGCCAUCUACCUGUUGCCAGUGCUUGUGCACAUCUACCUGUUGCCAGAGUUUAACACACUCCAUAGGGACACGAGCAUGCAUUGACCAAAACAAUGACGUGACGUAUAAAAAGACUGAGCGUGAUUCACCGGCAUCAUGCUGAAAUAUGAGGUAGCAUAAUUAAAAUUACAUAGUUAUGAUUGUUUUACUACAAACUUUGAGACUGUAUAUUAUAUUUGACUCUCCAGUGCUGGAACAGGGCUGAAACAAAGUGUGGAUAUAGGUCUGACUAUGCGAGACUGUAAUUUGAAGUAAUACAUUUACUUUGCAUGAUACAUUGACUCCAUUUAUACGAUAGCCUAUGUCGGCAUUAGCUAGCUAGCCAGCUUUAUCAAUAGCUGUUAGCUAAAUGUGGUGUAUAAUGAGAGUAGCUGUUUAUAAAAUAUAUUGAUGUCAUUCCAUCACAACUGUCAUUUUGAUCUAUUGAUGCACUAUUGUUUUAUAAUAAUAUAAUGUAUAUAUUUUCUGUAUAACAAAGUUACGUUACACUAAUGAAUGGGUCUUUUUGCAUUAUCUUGAACAUUGUCUAGCAUUCAUUUCAUGUGUUCUUGUAGUUUAGCUAAAAUGACACAGAUCAAUGCUUUGCAGUUAUGUAAGCUUACCUGUCCAAUAAGAAGAAUGCAAUUCAAGGUCGGUUUUGAUCCCUAAAACCGAACAAAGGUCCAAUCAGGAAUGAAAUGCUCUGCUGAUGUUCACUCUAGUUUUCACUCAACAUGAAAAUCAGUCUACAGGCUUUAAUAGCCAACCUAGGAAGUCUGGGACGGGCAAUUUUUUUUAAGUUGCGUUGCAAGCCAUUCAUACAUUAUCAAAAAAAUAGCAAAUAUUACAUGAAAAUUGUUAGAUAUUGCACCUUUAAAUAUAAGUAUAAAUGUGCAAAUCAAUGAAAAUGAUUACAUUUUACUUUCCCUUGUGUUCCUUUAUUGAAAAACUGUGGGGAAAAUGCCUUAAUCACUUUUAAACAGAUUUUUAUUUAAUGCCUUUAAAAUAUUAAUUCUACAUUGCUACAUUGGCUGUUUGGAAUAAAUGAUGUUUCCUCUGAUAAAAAAAUGUAAAUAUAAAUACUUUUAUGCUAUUUCAGAUCAAAAACACAAUAAUUGAGAUAUCAAAUAUAGUCAAUUUGCAGAAAAAUAUUGAGAAAUAAAUUCUGGAGCCAUAUCGCCCAGCCCUACUCUUUACACAGAUUUUGUUAUUCACUGGACAUGAAUU